UUAUUGCUGCUGGUUGGCUUUUUUAAUUUGUAAAAUAAAUUUUGUAUAUUUAAUUAAGAUUUAAUGUAAAAUAAAAUGUUUUUAAAACGUAGUUUAAGCGGUUCUAGUAUAACAAAGUGUAAUAUUUUUAGAAAAUUUAAAUUAGGUCAAUAUAAUACUGUAUAUUAUUGCACGAAACACAUUGAGGGCGAAGGUCGAAUUGUUAUAGGUGAUGUAACAAAGGAUGUAAAAACACCAAAAAAUCCCGAGUUAAUUCCCCAAAACUAUAUUAAAUUAGAUAAAAAUGGAGCUUUAAAAUUUUCUCAAUCUACUUUGCAUAAUUUAAGAUGGAUGUUUCAAAAAGAUAAUUUAAAACAAGAUAUGUUUCUUUUGGGAUAUCCUGGUCCAUCAAGAAGAAAUUUGGCUAUGCAGUUUUUGCAACUUACCCAAAGAGAGCUUGAAUAUCUUUCUUUGAGUCGCGAUACCACCGAAAGUGAUUUAAAACAAAGAAGAGAAAUAAAAGAUAAAGAAGCAAUUUAUUUUGAUCAAUGUGCUGUUAGAGCAGCUCAAAAUGGACGAAUUUUAAUUUUAGAUGGUGUUGAACAUGCUGAAAGAAAUGUUUUACCGAUUUUAAAUAAUUUGCUAGAAAAUCGAGAAAUGCAUUUAGAAAAUGGAAAAUUUCUUAUGGCACCUGAACGCUAUGAUAAGUUAUUAAAAGAAUAUUCGAAAUCAGAACUGGAUAAGUGGGGACUAAUUAGAGUAUCUGAAGAUUUUAGAAUAAUAGCACUUGGUCUUCCAACCCAAAAGUAUAAAGGAACACCAUUGGAUCCGCCAUUAAGAUCCAGAUUUCAGUCUAGAAAUAUAACUCAUUUAUCCUUUGAAGAGAUUUUAAAAGAUUUGAAAGAAAUCGCUCCAAAUGCAAACGAAUAUGAUUUAAAAAAAAUUCUUUCUUUUGGAUUGGCAAUUCAUGCUUCAGAGCCAACAGCAAAUGUUCCUGAUUUUCCGAUCGAUAAUCUUCAUUUGAUUGCAAAAAUAAUGAACAAUAAUUCAGAUAUUUCAGUACAUGAAGCUAUAUGUUCAUUAUACCCAUAUAGAUUUGCAUUAUCUAAAGAAAAUUUGGGGCGGGUGAAGACUUUGUUCGAACAGUUUGAAAUUGAUUCGAAAACUAAUAAACCGAUAAGCACAUUAAAAGUAGGUGAAAAAAUUGCAGAAGAUAAUUCAAUAACAAUAAAUAUUGAUGGCAAUGAAAUAAAAAUUUUGGGUGGAAAAAAUGAACUGAGUAAUGAAAUUAAAAAAGGAUUCGUUGACUUAGAUCAUCAACGAAAUAUAUUGGGAUCUAUGUAUCGUAUGUAUUCUGCUGGUGAUUUUUGCCUAAUUGGACCAAAAGGAGUUGGGAAAUCUACCUUAGUCAAUCAAAUUCUCAGACAAAUCGGACAAUCUAUAGAACCAAUGGUGCUUUAUGAAGACAUGACUUCUAGAGACUUUAUACAACAAAGAAUAACAACAGUCAAAGGGGACACUGUUUGGAGGGAUUCGCCUUUAGUUAGAGCAGCCGUAAAUGGAAGUGUGGCUGUUCUUGAUGGAAUUGAUCGACUCCAUAAAAGCACAGCGUCAAUUUUGCAAAGAUUAGUUCAUGAUAGAGAGCUACAAUUAUGUGAUGGAACAAUUUUAUUACGAAAAGAUAGAUAUGAUGCCCUUUUAUCAAAAGGUUUUAGCAAAGAAGAUUUAAUUUUAAAAGGAAUUUUCCCAAUGCAUCCAGCUUUCAGAAUAAUAGCUUUGGCAGAACCUCCUACUUUAAAUUUAGCAUCAAAAACAAAUAAUUGGCUUACUUCAGAAAUUUUAAGUCUUUUCUUAUUUCAAGAUGUACGGCCUCUUAGUAAAAGUGAGGAAGUCCAAAUUAUUGAGGAACUUUAUGGUAACGUUCACUCAGAUAUGCAUAAAGUGAUUGAGUUAUCUCAUAUUUUAAGAGAUUCCAACAACUCAGCUCAUGAAAAUUUAGCAGAUACAUUAAGUACACGACAAUUGUUGAAAAUAGCCCAUAGAAUGUCAGUGUUUCCAUCAAAUGGAAAUGAAGAAAAUUCAAUGAAUUCCUUAUAUGAAAUUCUUCAAAACGUAUUUUUGGCCAAAUUUAUGCCCGCGUUACCAAGAGCAGCUUUAGAAAAUGCUAUGGCAAAAGCUGGUAUUGAAAAACCUAGAAGAAAUAAAAAAAUAACUAAAAAGAUUGAAGUAAAAGACAACAUUUUAAGAAUUGGAAGUACUGAGAUGAAAUUAAUGAAAACGGAAUUUGAGUCGAAAGUUCCAAGCACUUUAUUUUACGACAUUCCACACCAUGUUGAACUUUUAGAAAGGCUUUUACAAGAUUUUAUCAUUGGCGAACAUAUUUUAUUGGUUGGUAAUCAAGGCGUAGGAAAAAAUAAAUUGGUAGAUAAAUUAUUGCAACUAAUGAAUAAACCAAGGGAGUAUCUACAAUUACAUCGUGAUACUACAGUUCAUAGUCUAACGGUGCAAUCAACUUUAAGAGAUGGUCAAGUGGUUUUUGAUGAUAGUCCAUUAGUUAAAGCUGUUAAAGAAGGUCACGUAUUGGUGAUUGAUGAAGCAGACAAAGCUCCCGUUAAUGUGACAUGUAUUUUAAGAACUUUAGUGGAAAAUGGGGAAAUGUUUUUAUCAGAUGGACGAAAAAUUGUUCCCAAAGGAAGUACUCAGUUUAAUAAAGCGGGAAUAAUUGAAACUCACCCCGAUUUUAGAGUAAUAGUUUUAGCUAAUCGUCCUGGAUUUCCCUUCCUGGGAAAUGAUUUCUUUGCGUCAUUAGGAGAUGUGUUCAGUUGCCAUGCUGUCGACAAUCCUUCUCCUGAAUCUGAAAUAUACUUGUUACAGCAAUAUGGACCGUCAGUUCCUAGAGAAACGUUAUCAACUUUAGUGAAUGCAUUUGGCGAAUUACGUCAAAUGGCUGAUGAGGGGCUUUUAAAUUAUCCGUACAGUACACGUGAAGUUGUAAAUAUUGUUAAACAUAUAGAAAAAUAUCCAAAUGAUUCAAUGUCAGAACUUGUCGGAAACGUUUUAGACUUUGAUAGGUACUCGCCGGAAACUUUAGACCAAGUGACAGAUGUUCUUUUAAAGCAUGGACUUAACAUUGGAGCUUAUGCAAAGAACGAAUUGUCUGUUCUAAGAAGGAAAAAGGAAAUACAAUUGACCGUAGAACGCAAAAGUGGCUUAGAUGUUUCUUCGCCCAAGCAUGGUAAAAUUGACCCUAACAAUGAACCGCAUGUAGGUGGUAAUACUUGGGCUGGUGGAACUGGUGGUAGAGAUACUGCUGGUCUAGGUGGAAAAGGUGGACCGUAUAGAUUAGAUGCAGGACAUCAAGUCCAUCAAUUAUCAGAUGCUGAAAAGGAUGAUAUACCAGAGGAAGUUAAAAAGGCAGCUCGUGAAAUGAAUCGUAAAGCAUUUGCUGAAAAAUUAAAAGAAAUUAAAAUGUCAGAGCACGACUACAAAAUAUACGCUCAAUUUAGUGCACCAAACCGAAAACAAGUUCAACAAAUCAAAGCAGUUUUAAAUGCACUUCAAUCGAAAAAUAAGGAGCGUCAAUGGCAAAAAUAUCAAACAUCUGGGGAACUUGAUGAUACCAGACUAAUAGAAGGAAUUACUGGUGAAAAAAAUAUUUACAAAAAAAGAGGGGAAGCUAGUCCGUGGACCGAUCAAGUUAAUGAAAAGCCAAACCGUUUGAAAUUAGUUGUAGAUGUCUCUGGCUCUAUGUAUAGAUUUAAUGGAUACGAUGGUCGCUUAGAACGUGAAAUGGAAGCAGUUAUUAUGGUAAUGGAGGCUUUUGAAGGAUAUGAGAAAAAAAUUGUUUACGAUAUUGUUGGACAUAGUGGAGAAACAGCAGGUGAACCGUUUGUUGUUUCUGGGAAGCCUCCAUUAACAGAUAAAGAAAGACUUCAUGUCAUCAAAAUGAUGCACGCUCAUGCCCAAUUUUGUUGGUCAGGUGAUAAUACAUUAAAAGCAACAACGUUUGCGAUUGAAGAAUUAGCCAAAGAGGAUAAUGAUAAUUCUAUAGUAAUUGUUUUAAGUGAUGCAAAUUUGUCACGUUAUGGUAUACCUCCAACUGAAUUAGCAAAAGCAUUGAUGGAAGGUGAACCAAAAAUUCAAUCAUUUGUUAUUUUUAUUGGAAGUUUAGGUGAUCAAGCUGAUACAAUAAAUUCAGAAAUGCCACCAGGGCGAAGUUACGUUUGUAUGGAUUUAAUGCAGUUACCUCAAAUUUUGAAACAAAUUUUCACAACUUCCCUAAUGGUGUCUUAAAAUUAGGAAAUAAAUUAAAAUAAGUAAAAAUAGAAAAAUCCUAUUUUAUGAAUUCUCUAACUCACAUAAAUAAAGAAUUGCUUUAUUUUCUAUAUGAAAAUUAAAACGUUUUUCAUUAAACUAAUUAAAUG